GGGUUAUUCCCCGUUUUAUCUUUUAAUAAAAGUUGUUCCGACUCACUGGUCGCUUUGAAACUUUAGUUGAAAAAUUGAUACAAACGGACCAUGACGUUGUCUUUUGGCGUGUUUCUGCUGAUAUCUUCAGUGUUUUGUUGUUGUGCUCAUGCAGGGUGCGGCGUAGUGACCAGACAGCAGUGGGAUGGGCUGGACCCGACACAGGUAGAGUACCUGCCUCGGCCCCUGCCGCUGGUGGUGGUCCAGGACACCGCCACCGCCACGUGUGAGACUGACGCCGCGUGUGUGGAGCUGGUGCAGAACAUACAGACUAAUCAUAUGGAUGUGUUGAAGUUUUGGGAUAUUGGACCGAACUUCCUGAUUGGUGGGAACGGCAAGGUGUACGAGGGCCCUGGUUGGCUGCACGUCGGCGCCCACACUUACGGCUACAACAGGAAGUCUAUCGGGAUCUCUUUCAUAGGGAAUUUUAAUGCAAAGACCCCAACAAAAGCAGCCUUGGAUGCGGCUGAAGCAUUGCUGAAGUGUGGAGUGAGAGAAGGACACCUGUCUCGCUCAUACGCAGUGGUCGGCCAUAGACAACUGAUUGCGACAGAGAGCCCUGGGAGGAAACUAUACCAAAUCAUCAGGCGCUGGCCAAACUACCUCGAGGAUAUUGAUAAGAUCAAAAAUAACAAGUAGAAAACCUAAAUUUGUAUGUAAAACGCUCUGAGGUCAAUAAAAGUCUUAUAUAAUAAUUAAA